UAGGUGAAAUGGAGCGAUCAAAUGUCACGCGAAGGUUUUGGUCCUCUGUGAUUUGGUCAGUGGAUGAAAUACUGCACCGUUGACCCACCUCAUUACUGAAAUACAGUUGGUUGCCCCACAUAGCACAUUCAAAAGCUAGGUAAACCUUUAAUAGAAUGCUCGAUGCUUUUUCUCACUUCUUUGCUUUUUAUUCACAGGUUUGUAUGAUUGCUCACGUAACUGCCAGAAACAUGCCAACCCUUCACCGACAUGAAGAAGAGAAAUUCUUCAUAAAUGAUGAAGGCAGGAAAGAAUCUCUACCGAGUAUACAUGAUCCCGCUACAAGGGAACUCUCUGUUGUUGUGCCUUCAUACAAUGAGGAAGACCGGUGUAAGAUUUUUCUUGUUUUGAGAAAAAGAAGAAAAUCUAUCUGUUGUUACUCUAAUAAUGCAGAGAAACGAGAUCCUUCAUUCACUUAUGAAGUAAUAGUGGUUGAUGAUGGUAGUAAAGAUCAAACUACAAAGGUUGCAAUGAAGUACUGCAGGAAAUACGGAAGCGACAAAGUGCGAGUGCUUACUUUGGUAAAAAAUCGAGGGAAAGGAGGAGCAGUCAGGAUGGGUGUCUUUAGUUCUCGGGGGGAAAAAAUCCUUAUGGCUGAUGCAGAUGGAGCUACAAAAUUUGCAGAUAUCGAAAAAGUAGAAGAAGGUCUAAAAAAUCUUCAGCCAUGGCCUAACCAAAUGGCUAUUUCCUGUGGUUCUAGAGCUCAUCUGGAGAAGGACUCAAUAGCAAAGAGUAGCAGCUGGAACCUGUUUAAGUGUGUAUUCUUAAGAAUAGCAGUCUUUAUGCAGUCCUGCUGGCUUGUUCUCCAUUGUUUGUCCAGCGCUCUUACUUUCGAACUCUUCUUAUGUAUGGGUUCCACUUCCUUGUGUGGUUUCUUUGUGUCAAAGAGAUCAGGGAUACGCAGUGUGGAUUUAAACUUUUAACCAGAAAAGCUGCCUCGCGGACCUUCUCAACUCUUCAUAUAGAACGCUGGUAAAUUUUUUCUUUUUGUUGUUGUUUUUUUCCUAAUUGAACACGGUUUUGAAAAAGUGGUUUCAUUAUUGCAGGUACUACGAAGCACGUGAUGUCUGUGUAUAAAUCCUAGCUGCUCAGUGUAACUAAUUAUAGUACUACUUGCUUGGCAAUUUAGAUUUCUUGUUAUGCUAAAAUAUCCUGGUGUUUGCUAGGAAUUCUAUUUUAUUAUUAAAAUACACUUUAGGAAAUAGUUGAAUAUUUAAUUUUAUUCUUUCUACUUGUGAUAAUAGGGAGAGAGGGAACAGAUGGGCUUACUAAGUUUUAAUUUUGAAAAGGCAUCCAACAUAAACUGCAAGAAGGAUUUUAAGACUACAUUGCUGAGAUUUUGAGUGGCAACAACUGACUCCUUCACUCCUUGCAAGUCCAUUUUACUUUGGCAUGUGGUAUAGAAAGAGUUGUGUAAUACUGAGACGUGGGACAUUUUGCUUUUGCCUUUUCAGAGCAACUGGUAAUUGAUUAGGGGAGCAAACAAAAAGAAAAUCCCAAGAAAUCUUAUCUUCCUCUUCACCUCUAAAAGAAGUCCCAAACAAACAAUUUUUGAUUGUGUUGUAAUUCACUCCCUAUUUCUGAGAGUUCACUCUCCUUUUACAGGUAUGAGCCAUGCAAGCAGAGUAAAAAAUGGAGAGAAGCUCUUCUUAUGAUAUGCAAAGUUAAGAGUUAUUAAUCAAAAAUUUUAUCAGUCUGUUUUUAAGCAUUACAACCUCACGAUUCAGUGCUGCUUAACCGUUACCUAAAAUCCUUAUCUGAUGUUCAUAAUCGCUGAAGGCUCAAAGUGAAAGCAAAUGCCUACUCUUAGCUUAUUUUCUUGCCAGAAUAUUUCAUGAGAGAACUACUGGUAGAUCUCAUUGAUGUAAGACAGUAGAAAAUUAUGCAUAGUCUUUGGAUUACUUUAGAGCUCUCUCUUAUUAUAAUUUAGCUAGAACAGCUCCCUUAUGAGAGUGAUACAGCUAUGACUGCUGUUAUGGGACUGAAACAUUUCUUCUGCACAAAUACCAUAAUUUCUGUAAAUUUCCUACACUGCAAUUAUUGCUGAGAAGGAUGGUGACAGUCCCCAGGAUUAAUUAAGUAUAAUCAAAUCUUUUCAAACUAUUUUCAUCAUCCAAGAAAAUCUCUCACAGGCUACUGCUUUCUGUCAGAGAACAGAAUUACUGAACAAUGUUCGCAUAUGAAAAUGUGUGUAAUCAUGCGGUCCUACUCAAUUCCAAUACAUCUUGGUUUAGGUUGAGCUUUGGCAGUGAUAGUUGAGCUAUAAUGCUCAUCCAGAAUGUGAUUGCAAAGGUAGUGUUUGGGUGCACAGAUCUGAUGCAGAGCAUUGACCUUCUGUUCAAUUGAAUCUGGACUUGCGGGCAGUCAGCAUUUGCAAAAUCACUUUCCUAGCUGAGUGGUUUACGUAUUGCCAUAAAGAAAACUAUAGGUUGAACCAGAAACAUGAUUUCUGCUGCUACCUCCAAAACCAAACUUGAUCUAUAAAGUUCUGUAAAUUUCAUAUACAGGAAUUUUCUAAAUAUAUGGUUAAACAUGUAUAAGUAGCCCAGAAGUGGACAUCUCAAAAUUAUCCUAUUUAACUUCACUCUCUAAUUGAAGGGCUUCAAGAAGAAAUUCUGAAAGAAAUGAAUGAGGAUAAUCAGUUUCAUGUGUAAAAAUGCAAUCUUCAAUCUUAUUCUGUGGCAAACAGAAGAUUUUGAAUAUAACUGUACUUAUUGGGCGGACAUAUUAUUAAAAGUGUUCAGUUUUUUCUUUAAAAAAGUCUUAACAAGCUUUCUUCUGCUACUCAGAUUCUCUAGCAUCAAAGGAACAAAACAGUAAAAAUAGUUGUGCUGUACACUGUCAUCUGUACCCCACUAUCCAGGACGUGAGGCAGUGAAAAAGGAAUAUUGCUGAAUUAUUUUAUAGUAAUUAUAUUGCUGGUGUGGAACACGCUGGAUCUUCAGGUCUUGGUGUGUUAAUUUAUUGUGCUUGUCUGUGCUACUAUAAAAUUAGCCUUCUAUUCUUGCUUUUUUCUAUACAGUAAUUCAUAAACUAAUCCCCUAAGUGCUUUCCCAUUUGUGUGAAAUCUACUGUUUAGUGCUGAAGAAUGUUUGUUUUGUUAGUCAAAAAAAGAAUAAUUCAAAUUCUUCCAAUAAAUAGCUCUUCAGAUACUUCCAAGUUGCAAAUUUGCCUAAAACAACAAUAGAGGUUUUUCUGUUUGGUUUAAUUUUCUGCCAAAACAUGCAAUAUUGCCUGCUUGUAUCGUCAUCUGUCCUUCAGGUAGUCCCUGUACUUCCCAGCCUUUAUUUUCAUACUUACUGGCUAAUUUCAGUGAAAUCUGACAGAGGAGUAGAGAUCUCAAGAUAGAAAGCUUUGGCAAGUUUUGUGGCAACUGAAACCCUAGUAAAGGAGAGAAACUCAGAUUAUUGCCACUGCUGAAGAAAAAACUACAGUAUGGACUCAAAAGCUGUUUAUCAUCAGCUUCAUAGACAGCCAUUCAGCACGUGUAACCAGAAGCUAGUGUUUCAGUGUACUAAACAGAGUACUGUCCCUUUCCCUGUUAAUUCCGGUGGUGAAACACUGGCACGGGUUGCUCAGAGAAGUGGUGGAGCCCCCAUCCCUGGAAGCAUUCAAGGCCAGGUUG